AUGGAGGACCUUUCUCACCACGCCGACUUCCCCGACGAAACCUCACGCUCAUAUUCACUUGACGACGAAACCCUUGAUUUCUCGCAUCCCGACGAAGGCGCAGACGCAGAGACAGAAUUGACCCAGGAUUGCGGGUACAAUUCGUCGGCUUCCUCGACACAUUCAUCGUCGGGGGACAUUCUCGACGCCGAUUACGAUGAUGACGAGCUCCCCAACCUGAAAUCCCGCGCAUCUAGCCGCUCUUCCGUCUCCUCUUUGCCGGGAUCGGUGUUCACCCAUUCGAUGGAAGGGGCGAAGACGAAUGCGCGCGAUGCGCAGGAGUCUGCGAUAUUCUGGGAUGAUCAGUAUAACAAGGGUCAGACGAGGGCAGAACCCGGGUUGAAGUCCCUUCAGGCACUUCGGCAGCGGGAGUCGGCGUUCCGGAAACCGAGUUCGGUGAGGGCAUUGCAGAUGCAUACGGAAGAUGAGGGCGACGAGGAGUAUCUCACACCUCCGAGGCGCAGGGGACAUCGUUUGUCAGAUAUCUCGAUGCGGUCUUCCCACUCGUCGCCGUUGAAGAGGUCGCCUUACUACUCGCCAUCCGGGUCGGCGAACAAGCAGAAGGUGAAGAAGGAGUAUCCACUCGUGCUGCUGCACUGUACGCUUCUUCCUCCGUCACUUCCGAUCCCAGGGCUGCUGGGACCCCCGGAUCCGAAGGUUCUGAAGGAGGUUCUGCCGUCGGAGUAUUGGAGACGGUGGAAAUUGUUGGAAGAGAAGGUUGGGUCGGGUGUCCUCCGUGACCGUGGCGUACUGAUCUCGCAUCCCGAGGAUAUGUACGACUUGCUCGAAGAUCGUCUGCUGGAGAGUCUGGAGCUGCAGCAUCCGCGACUCGACCACGGACAUUUCGUAGGGCACGAGGAGGAUGACUCGGAGAAGGAAGACCAGGCGAGCAAGGAGAGCGAAACAGAUGGCGAGCAGGGCGAAGACUGCCCGGACUGUGGCGGACGUUUCCUCAAGAACAAUCACAGCAGGAAAUGGGAGAUCAAGGUCUUCGCUGCCAACGGACUCAUGAGGGCUGGCGCGUGGGCGGCAGCCUGGAAGGAGAUGGAGAAGGUGGAUAUCGAAGUCGGUCUCUGGCUUCCCUCGGUAUUGAGGAGGGAGUUAGAGAAACGGUUGCGUGACAGCGAGAUGUCCACCGCGCUCACUCGAAUUGAAGUUCCGCAGCUCGUUGAGCCUAUGCACGUGCCGGAGAGCCAGCCUUCGCUGCCUCAACCAUCCCCUUCCCUAUCCACCGUCAUGCCAGUGCUUUUCACGCCCGAACGAGCCUCGUCCCCCAUUCCUCCACCGAGUCCGACCCCGGCACCCAGACAGCAGCAUCGUCCAACACCAACUCACAGUCCCAUUUAUCCGCCGAAACCAGAAGUAGAGAUUGACCUCCACACUCUGCUGGUGAAUUAUAUUCGGGUGCUGGCCAACGACCGACGCAACGUGGCCAUCGUGUUUCUUAGUAUUCUUGUAGUCUUCUUUGCGAUCGACUACCGACCAAGAGCAACUGCAUCCGACCUGCGUCCGUUUCCGCAAGAAGACAUGAUCAGCUCCACUUCGGUGCCGUCCAUGCAUAUUUCUCCGGCGCAGAGCUCCUCUAGCUCUGCAGUCUGGGCAACUGCGGUCAAAUCGGAUAUCCAGAUGUCAAUUGUCUCCACGAGUUCAAUUGUCGCGGGUCCUUCGGUCUCUCAUGAGUCAUCAUCUGCCAAUCUCGCCAGCUCCGCGACGUCAGUGGCCGUUGCUCAGGCAGAGGAGUCCGCGGAGGUCGAGGUCGAAGAAAGCGAGGAGAUCAAACAGAGCCCAGAUAUCGAAAAGACGAGCUCCGCCGUGAUCGAUUCCCAAGCAUUACAACCAUUACCCCCAAAAGACGAUAAGAUCAAUUUCGACAUCGAAAACGAGAAUCCCAAAGACGCAGACACGGACAAAAAAGCGCCAAUUCCCAUCGUCGCCCCCGCAGAAAAACAAAUCGACUUCAAAUUAGAUGAGCCAGUCAAGCCUAGCCUCGAAAUCCUCGACACGACACUUAACGACACACCCCGAGAAUCUCUUAUUGAGGUUCAAAAAAAGAUCCACGAAGAUGACCCCAGCGAGGUCCACGAAAACGAGAAACCGCUGAUUAAAACCCAGACAGCUAUGAAGGAACAACAGGCACUGAUUGCUACGACAUGA